CCCAUCGCCAUCCCCCACCCUCCUUGUCGUUGCCAUCGUCAUGUUCCGAUGCCUCAGGGAAGUGCUGCAGUUGUUCCCGGCCUCGGCCACCAACGCCUGGGCCUCAGCCUUGGUCACUGCUGCCCCGGUGUACCCUGCUGCUUCCACUCCGAUCUUGCGGGACUGGGGUCAGCCUGCAGUCUCACCACCCACCUCUUGGCGCCACUUUAGCAAGGAGGCCAGAUCCCAGGACGACAAUCCCAACUUCUUCAAGAUGGUGGAGGGCUUCUUCGACCGCGGUGCCAGCAUCAUGGAGGACAAGUUGGUGGAGGACUUGAAGACUCAGGAGAGUGAAGAUCAGAAGCGCAACCGGGUUCGAGGAAUCCUGCGCAUCAUCAAACCCUGCAACCAUGUGUUGAGCGUCACCUUCCCCAUCAAGAGGGAUGACGGCUCCUGGGAGGUAAUAGAAGGCUACCGGGCACAGCACAGCCAGCACCGCACCCCCUGCAAGGGAGGUAUCCGUUACAGUACAGAUGUUUGCGUGGAUGAAAUAAAGGCUCUGGCAUCUCUGAUGACUUACAAAUGUGCUGUGGUUGAUGUGCCAUUUGGAGGAGCCAAAGCUGGUGUUAAAAUCAAUCCCAGGCAUUAUACAGACAAUGAGUUGGAAAAGAUUACAAGAAGGUUCACCAUAGAGCUAGCAAAAAAGGGCUUUAUUGGACCUGGUAUUGAUGUCCCUGCUCCUGACAUGAGCACAGGUGAAAGAGAGAUGUCUUGGAUUGCAGAUACCUACGCCAGUACCAUAGGGCACUACGACAUUAAUGCAUAUGCCUGUGUCACGGGGAAACCCAUCAGUCAAGGUGGUAUCCAUGGGCGUAUCUCUGCCACUGGUCGAGGUAUCUUCCAUGGAAUUGAAAACUUCAUCAAUGAGGCUUCUUACACAGACCUUUUGGGAAUGACUACAGGAUUUGGAGAUAAAACCUUUGUUGUUCAGGGAUUUGGUAAUGUUGGCUUUCACUCAAUGAGAUAUUUACAUCGUUUUGGUGCUAAAUGUGUUGGUGUUGGUGAAAUCAAUGGAAGCAUCUGGAAUUCAGAUGGCAUUGACCCGAAGGAUCUAGUGAAUUAUAAAUUGCAACAUGGAACAAUUGUUGGCUUCCCCAAGGCAAAGCCCUAUGAAGGAAAUAUUUUGGAAGCUGAUUGUGACAUACUUAUCCCUGCUGCUGGUGAGAAACAGUUGACGAAGUUCAAUGCUUCCAGAAUCAAAGCAAAGAUUAUUGCAGAAGGUGCCAACGGACCCACAACCCCAGAGGCUGACAAGAUUUUCCUGGAGAAGAAUAUCCUGGUUUUGCCUGAUCUCUAUUUGAAUGCUGGAGGUGUGACAGUGUCUUACUUUGAGUGGCUGAAAAAUCUCAACCAUGUUAGCUUUGGCCGACUGACAUUCAAAUAUGAAAGGGAUUCUAACUACCACUUGCUCAUGUCUGUUCAAGAAAGUUUAGAAAGAAUGUUUGGCAAGCAUGGUGGUGCUAUCCCAGUUGUACCUACAGCAGAAUUCCAAGACAGGAUAUCAGGAGCAUCUGAGAAGGACAUCGUACACUCCGGGUUAGCAUAUACUAUGGAGCGUUCUGCCCGGCAAAUUAUGCGCACUGCUAUGAAGUAUAACCUGGGGCUGGACUUAAGAACUGCUGCCUAUGUCAAUGCAAUCGAGAAAAUCUUCAAAGUGUAUAACGAAGCUGGGGUAGCCUUCACCUAGACGAGUGAACCUUCCUGGCCAGCAGAGGCAUCCUUUCUUCACCACUCCCUCUUCUGUUCCUUCUUCCAGGCUGUCACAAGUUUACAUGUAACCCCAGAAAUGCCUUUUCCCUCAUGACUUACUCUAGUAGAUGCUUCCCAAUCAGUUUCAGUCCAAAUUAGUCUUUAAUUAAAAAAAAGACAAAAACCCUCAGGCAAGGCAUGUGCAGGCUCCUGGGUCUAACAGUAACUAGUUUGCACACUCGAGGGCCAUGUGGGGUAUUUUGCUGCUCAGGGUACAGCCUCCUCCUUCUGGGCAUGCAACCUUGCUCCUGGAGCUGCCUCCCCAUGUCACACUGCACUGACUGAGCACCCAGUGAUCUGGGUUAUCGGUCAGCUCCCUCCCUCCCUCUCCUGGACUCUUUGCAUUUUGGGUGGAUGCUAGAACUUGCUUUGAGACUUUGAAGAUGGCCUUCUUACCACUAGUGUUUUGUCACUGUCACAAGAUAGAAUGGCCAUCCUGCAGGGAGCUAGAGUGUUAUUUUACAUAAGCAAAAUAGCUCCAUUUGACUUGUUGCAGAAUUAUAGACUGUUUUCUCUUUGAUGGACUUUUUCCUCUAUUUUUUUCUUAAGGAAAAAAUAAUCCAUGCUGCUGUAAUAGAAUUACCUUUAAUCACUUACCAAACCAAAUCUUGAUUUAAGUAUAGUGAAAUGCCUAUAAACAUGGAAGAAAAAGCUAGUAUUUUUUACAACCUGAAAAGAACUAUAUCAUUUAUAGUUUAUCGCCUGCAUAUAGUCAUCCAGCAAAAAUUAAAAUCUAGUUUCUAAGAAGAAAGGAUUUUCAUCUUUAUAACUCAAAGAAAAAAAAAACCCACCUCCUUGAAAGCUGAAAAUACUUUCAUGACUUGCUUUCUUUGUCCUCAUUUUUAGUAAAAUGCCUGGUACCAAGUACUCUAUUAAGUCCUAUGUAUUUAAUAAAUGUUCAAUUGAACUAAUCUGAA